UGUUCUUUUCCAACCAAUUAUUGUUGUAGAUUUUUACAUUAAAAUCUAUUGGGUAGUAUACAGCUGAAAAUGGAUUCAAAUAAUACAUCAGAAAAAACUGGACUUUCCACAAAAGAGCUUGCAAUCUACAUUGGAGUGCCUGUUGCUACACUAUGUGUUGCUGGAGGAUUAUAUUAUUAUUAUACCAAAAAAACAUCCACAAGUGAAACACAAACAAAAUCUGUCAAAGGGACUGAUGGCGCACCAGUGGCUGUGGUGACGCCCCAAAUUACGUCUGGGGAAGAAACUGGUACACCACUAGAAAUAGCACAGUCGUCCAAAUCAAAAGGAAACAAAUAUUUCAAAGCAGGAAGGUUUGAACAAGCCAUAGAGUGUUAUACUAAAGCUUUGGAAUUCUGUCCAAAGGAUAAUGUUGGAGAAAUAGCAACAUUUUAUCAAAAUAGAGCUGCAGCUUAUGAGCAACUGAAAAAAUGGCAAAAUGUUGCAGACGAUACCUCAAAAGCUAUAGAGUUGAAUCCGAAAUAUACAAAAGCAUUGCUAAGAAGAGCAAGGGCACAUGAAGCGCUGGACUUAAAAAGAGAUUGUCUAGAAGAUGUCACAGCUGUUUGCUUGUUAGAAGGUUUUCAAAAUCAACCCAGUAUGAUAUUAGCAGACCGAAUACUGAAAGCAAUUGGAAAAGAAUUGGGUGCAGAAUAUUUUAAGACACGCCCACAUGUUCUACCAUCACCAGUAUUUGUGAAAUCUUACUUAGACUCUUUUAAUAAAGAUGUAUUCUCUGUUGACUUCCCCGAAAAUGAGCAGACUUCAGAAUGUACAUAUUUUAAAAUUUUAACACAUAUGAAAAAUAAAGAAUAUGAAAAUAUUGUUGACUUAUGUACACAAGAGAUAGACAAUGAUGGAAAAUAUAAAAUCUACGCUCUCCUCCUUCGUGGCACAAUGUAUACCUUAAUGUGUUAUGUUGGUAAAGCAAUGGAUGAUUUUGAUGGUGUUAUUCAAGCUGAAGAUACUAAAGGAUAUGAAAAAUUGAAGAUUGAUGCUCUCAUAAAACGAGGAAGUUUAAAAAUGCAAGAAGCCAAAGAUGCUGAAUGCUACGCAGACUUCGAUGAAGCUAUCAAAAUAGAUGCUAACAAUGCAAAUAUUUAUCACCAUAGAGGGCAGCUUUACUUCUUGACAGAAAGACUGAGCGAAGGUCAAAAAGAAUUCGAGAAAGCUAUGUCGCUUGAUCCAAACUUUGUAGCACCACGUAUUCAAUUGGGGUAUUGUUUAUGUAAAAUUGCCAUGCAAAUGAUGUCACCGUCAAUGUUGAAGGAAGCAAAUGCAGUGUUAGAAGAGACGAUCAAACAUUUUCCGAAUUGCGCAGAAGCCUGGAGUUUAUACGGACAGCUUCUCCAAGAUCAACAAGAUUUGAAUUCUGCUUCAGAGAAAUUAGAAAAAGCCAUCUCAUUGGCUCCAUACAAUCCAACCACUUAUGUCUAUAAGGCACUCCUUACGCUGCAAUGGAAACAAGAUAUAGAGGAGGCCACUAAACUUAUCAGAAAAGCGAUCGAGUUGGACGAUAAAUGCGACUUUGCUUACGAAACACUUGCAACAUUAGAAGUACAGAAAGGUAACAAUGAAGAAGCUGUCAGACUUUUCGAACGAGCGAUUGAUCUUGUUCGCACAGAAGCUGAGAUGGCUAGUACAUUCUCUUUAUUGGAGGCAGCUAAAGCGCAGAGUAAAGUGACUAAAUUAUACGGAAUAACUCUACCCAGCAUGCCCGGUAUGAUGUGAUGCAAAGCAAUACCAUAAUGUAUUGUGUGUGCAACAAAUGGAUUAGAAAUGUACGAUAUCGAAGAGUGGUUGAAGCUAUUUAGAAAUGUAUAUUGCUUUCUGCUAAAUGAGAUAGAUUUUCAUCA